CGUUCUUCCCUGUUGGAGGGUGGCGGUCUAACAUGAUGCAGUUACUGACUGGCAGUGACUGCUCAGCUAAGGCAAGGUACACGCGUUAUAAGCUAUAAAGCCCAGCUCGUGGCUUUUCCUGGUGGUUUCCCUGUCUCACACAACUUGACCCAUAUUCUACUGAGGCUUUUCACCCAUUGCUCGCUGUAAAAGAUCAUCUACACCACACGCACGUACAAGACUGCCAAUUCUUACGUCACCUACUGAAUUGGCUCUCAUUUCGUCAUCUCGCUACCAUUGACGUCGCCGUGGUUGGCGCCCUUGGAUAUAGUAUCCUUACCUAGAUUCAACAGCUCGACAUUUGUCUGAAGCUCUUCGCAAUGCCGUUCCUUGCUCGAUCCAACUCCCCAGAUCAGUCCUCGGACUUUAAGCCACUAUACCUCGGCUUCGAUCUGUCGACUCAACAGCUCAAAGCUCUGGUUGUCGACUCAGACCUCAAGGUCAAAGGUGAAGCCAAGGUCGACUUCGACAAGGACUUUGGCCACAAAUAUGGCAUCAAGAAGGGUGUCCAUGUCUACGAGGAGACAGGCGAGGUCUAUGCGCCCGUUGCCAUGUGGCUCGAGUCUGUAGAUCUCGUCCUGGACCGAUUGGCCGAGUCUAUGCCUGUUCCUCUAUCUCAUAUUCGCGGUAUCAGCGGCUCUUGUCAGCAGCAUGGCAGUGUCUACUGGAAUGGCAAUGCCUACGAGAUUCUUCACCAUCUUGAUCCUCGUCUCCCUCUGGUUGUUCAGCUACCACAGGCCCUUUCGCACCAAUGGUCGCCCAAUUGGCAGGAUCAGAGCACUCAGGCUGAAUGUGACGCUUUUGAUGCUGCUCUUGGCGGUCGCCAGAAGCUUGCUGAGGUGACAGGCAGCGGUGCUCACCAUCGAUUUACUGGAACCCAGAUUAUGCGCCUUAAGAAGGACCUCCCAGACAUGUACGCCAAGACAGCUCACAUUUCCCUCGUCUCGUCAUGGCUGGCAUCCGUCUUCCUCGGCGCCAUCGCCCCUAUGGAUGUUAGCGAUGUCUGUGGUAUGAACCUCUGGGACAUGUCCCGCCAAACAUACAGCGAACCUCUUCUCGAGCUUGCUGCUGGAAGCAAGCGUGAUGCCCUCAACCUACGAAAGAAACUGGGUGAGCCUUGCCUCGAUGGCGCUGCUGUUUUGGGCUCUAUCUCUCCCUAUUUCGUGGACCGUCACGGCUUCCACCCUGACUGCCAGAUCACACCAUUCACCGGCGAUAACCCCGGAACCAUUCUCGCCCUUCCCCUUCGACCUCUCGACGCCAUCGUCUCUCUCGGUACUUCGACGACAUUCCUUAUGAACACACCAAAGUACAAGCCUGAUGGCGCUUACCACUUCUUCAACCACCCCACAACCGAUGGCCACUACAUGUUUAUGUUGUGCUACAAGAAUGGAGGCCUAGCACGUGAGCGAGUGCGAGACCAACUUCCCAAGCCUGAGAACGGCCCUACCGGCUGGGAGAACUUCAAUAAGGCCAUCGAGAACACUCCUGCUCUGGGCGCUGCCAAGGAGGACGAUAGGCGCAAGCUUGGUCUAUACUUCUACCUUACCGAAGUGGUACCCAACAUCCGUGCAGGCACUUGGCGAUACACAUGCGAGCCAGAUGGCUCUGACCUUCAGGAAGUCAAGGGAGGAUGGGACAAGGAGACUGAUGCUCGAGUGAUUGUUGAGUCUCAGGCCCUGUCUAUGCGUCUGCGCUCUCAGAACCUUGUUGAGAGCACUCGACCCGGCCUACCAGCUCAGCCCCGUCGUAUCUACCUCGUUGGAGGUGGCUCUCUGAACCCAGCCAUCGCCCGCGUCAUUGGCGAGGUCCUCGGCGGCAGCGACGGUGUUUACAAGCUCGACGUUGGCGGUAAUGCCUGCGCCCUUGGCGGAGCCUACAAGGCUCUCUGGGCUCUCGAGCGCCAGCCAAACGAGACAUUCGACGAGCUCAUUGGUAAGCGAUGGACUGAGGAGGGUAACAUCCAACGCAUUGACGACGGUUACCGCGAGGGAACCUAUCAGAAGUACGGCAACGUUCUCGGAGCCUUCGAAGGUCUGGAGAACAAGAUCCUCACCGAGCAGGCUUUGGAGUCAAAGGACGGACGAAGACGGUCGCAGGAGAGUGCUUGAUUUAAAAUUCAGGGUAUCUAAUGUCUAAAAUGGAGGAGUUUGUCUAUGUCAUUAUCUAACGUACUUGCUCAUGAAGCGCCUAUGAAAGUCGGAACGGAGGAGAUCCUAAAGGUCUGGGUUAGCGAAUGAUGUCUUUUCAUCUUUGAAGGAAAAGGGGGGGGGAAUGCAUAUAGAACUGAGUCGCUGGCAGAGAAUGCUUUGCAAACGGAAGAAUCACAAGACUUACGUUUACGAACUCCUUUUUCUUGCCCUUGUCUUCUGUGCCACGUGCCUGGUUCUUGAAUACCACGUCAUCGUCCCAGCGGCGCUUCAUAUUGAAAUCUUGCUUGUUGAGAAGAGGAUUUCCUAGGGCAAUAUCUCGUUCUCGGGCCUCUUCCUCUUCUUUGAGUCGCUCGGCCUCCUGCGAUGUGUAUCAGCAAACCAUUAUCUGCAUCUAAGAAUCGAUCAGACUUACCUCUUUCUUCUUUCUCUCCUCUCGCUCUCUUCGUACACGGUCCAACUCUCUCUGCAGCUCUGCAUCAGAGUCAUCAUCGCUAUCCUCGUCGUCUUCACUGUCAUCGUCGUCGUCCUCUUCGCUAUCGUCGGCAUCGAUAGCUCUCGUUUCUGCUAAUAUCCGCCGUCUCUUCGCCUCUAAAUCUUCCCCCUCACCUUCGGCGCUUGGAAGCGCUCGCUUCGCACCAUUGGACACGCUGGUUUCGUCGUCCUCGUCGGCAUCGUCAAUGAGGGCAGGGGCGCCGUUCUUCUUGGUGAAAUGGGCGGCUUCAGCAGCGAGAAGCUCAGCAGCGAGAUCGCGCGUGGGUUCGUCAGCAUCGCCGCCUUGACCGGCUUGACGAUAUUUGAGUUGGGUGUGGGCUGGGAGAAGGCGUUGAUGGUAUGCUGGACCUCGGAGGGCUUCUUUGCCACGGGCCUGUAAAAGUCAGUAUGCGCUGAAGAAAUAGAAGGGAGAAUACGGACCGGAUCGAACGUAGGUCUAUGCGCGGUAGUCAUGGCGAUAGUUCCUCAAUAAAUUCUUGAAAAAAAUGGUGUUUCAAUGUCAAU